UGUCACCUCCGCCAGCAUUGCUCUGUGGCAGACCUUUGCCACUUUUUCAGCUCUCAUCAUGCCGGCUCCUAAAGAGUCUCUCUGCCGUUACGGUGAUCCAUUCCGUGGUGGUCAGAAUCCCAUUGUUCGUUUUGAGGGUGGCAUUGGCUCUGCUGUGGGAUUGGAUAAUGUCGUUCCAUUUACAGAGAUUUAUUCCCCCUGCAUUCCAUGUGAGAGAGACUGUAGCAGAUACAUCUGUGAUCCCAAGUGUGAUGCAAACAUCACUUCAGGUCUGAUUUUGACCCUCAGAAACCUGACACUCCAAGUUGUGAAAGACACUGGUGAUGGAGAUGAGCAGCCACAAGUUUUUGGCACAGUUCCUUGCAUAUGCAUAAUGUAUAUCUUGUUACGUAAUGUAUAAUGCCAUAAAAUGUAUGAUUCAAAUAUUUAUAUGUACAGAUGUUUUAUACAAGCAGCCCAAAAAUCUUCAGCAUCCUACCUAUGUGCCAAGAUGCGAUCAACUGUGUCCACUGAAUUAAGAGCAUCUUCAGGGUUAGUCAGGUGGGACACAAAAUCGGGAGGCCACAGUCAUAUGUUGCAGUAAGGUCUGCAUGUGUCAGUGGUGUAAGCACCAGUCUGUCCAACAGCCAUACCUGUCAAUGUACAAUACUUUGACUUUGAGAGACAUGUUUUAUAACCUAAUUUGUGUAACAAGGCAAAAUGAAUUUGCUGCACCAACCAAGAAGAAAUAUACAUUGAAUUUUCUUUUUAAUUAUGGCUGUUCAUCACUUUAUCAUGAAAGAUAUCGGCGACUGGUGCUUAUGUUAGAUGCCUCUCUAUUAUGAUCAUUUUACAGACACACUAACCAUUGCAUGGGCUUUGUGACAACAAUAUUUGAAGUCGAUCGUUUCUGACGUCUGGCUGUCGACAGUGCAAGCUAAACACUGCUUCCAUUACGACCAAUGAGAACACUACCCUUCAUUUCUGGUCUAGUGCACCGCAUCUCAUUGCAGGCAUCAACAUACAGGAAAAGUUCACUGCCUGGAGCCAUCGGAAAAUCUGGAUAUGCACAAGUGUAGCUCUUUAGUAGUGUACUAAGUUAUGUCUUUCUUUGUAGAGGGUAUGGGUCGACAGCUCCCAGUACUGUGCAGUUGUGCGGCUAUUUUCAUCUUUGUUGUGUUCUUGUAUGACUAGCUCACCCAUAAGUAGCCAUUGGGGACUGACAGGUUGGUUACAACUGGAUUUGGAAAUUACAAUUUAUACUUAAAUAAGAAUGAAUUAACAUAAAGAGAGCCACAGCAAUUGUGUGUGGGUUUUUUUGCAUUUGUAAUGCGUAGAGAGCUCACCUUUGGCUUUCACUGGGAUACCGCACUUUAAAAGAUUGCAUCAUAUACAAUUGAGAACUCAUGCUUCUUGGACAUGCUUUGCGUGCGGAUUUUUCUCCCUUGUUUGUAUCUUUUGUUGCGGCACUAUGCUCUUCGAGGAGUAACAAGACUUAACUAAACUAGCAUAUCUUUUGUGCUCUUCUGUUUCCUGACCUAUAUUGGACCACAAACUUGUAUUAAUAAA